ACUGAAAAGUGAAUCACUGGAGGAGAGAGAAAAAUUCAUGAAAGAGAUGAAAUCUUUCAACAAUGAAUUCAACCUACUGAGUGACAGAAAUGUUGCUUUUCACACCCAAACCCGAUCUAAGAUCCAUAGUCUGGAGCUAGAAGCUGAAACUCUAAACAAAGAGAUGGACUUGCUAAAGCAAAAGAACACUUGGCUGAGCUCUAUGGAGAAAGAGAAGAGAACACUAGAAACUGAUCUUCAGGACAUUCAGUCACAACUUAAAGACACAGAGAAGGAUCUGAAGGAAGCAGAGACUCUGACAGAGUGUUUGAAGACAGAGAGUCUCAUGGUCUGUCAGAAACCCUUAACAGACAGUACAUGUGUCAGACUCAAGAAAGAACUGGAGUUAUAUAAAGAAGAAGAGCUUGAGCUUCUACGAGAGACCCUCAGCUCUGAGAUUCAGUCUCUGCGAAUGGGGUCAUGA